CAGUUCGCCGUAGCACACAAUGCACUGCCGCUGACACCAUUGGCGUCUCCUAAAUCUUCAUUAAGAUAGUUUUCAAGAUCAACGAAAUAACAGAAAGAUAACUGUAAUAUUUAAUUUCAAUACACUUGAGGACUUUGGUUAGUUGAUAUUCGGCUCAACCGGAAACGCCGGCAAGAAUUUGUACUUCCCUCGACACAUUGGAUUACAGUGGACUGCUUGAAGGAGGUGCCUAGCCUAGAGAGGCUGGGUCAACACUCUAGUGAAUGGAAAUCAAGACCGGGGCUUUAGUUGGGCCUUGAAUAAUUUCGUUGUUAAUGCCUAAUGGAUCUGGUGCGAAAACAAAUUGAUGUAGGAACAAACACGUCGAUAGCACAUGAAUGGUGGGUGGCAAAACAGUCAUUACAUAACUCCAGGCUUGGUAUUAAACAAUUAAUCGCUUUUUGUUUGUGGAUUAGAUAGCUGUUUAGCAUUAGCAAGCUAGCUACGCCUUUCUUUGAUGCGAAUUCAACCAUUUGUAUUGGGCCCAUCAUCGUCAAAGAAUGCAUCCAGCUGCAAGAGGAUAUUAUCAGCUAGUUGUCUAAAUAGUCACAUAAUUUAUGUAUUGUCUGCCCCUGCGUAUUUCAGUUACGUUUUAUUAACAUUUCUUUCUUUAUCAACGAAUUAACGUUAUUGGCUGUGUAGUACAUAGAAGUCGCGAAAUACAUGGUAAUCAGCUAGCUAACCAUAGCUGCCUAAGCAACCUACCAAAAGGACAGCUAGCUAGUGGAGCUUGUGCAAACAUAUCACCAGAUAAUCUUAGCACAGGGUAAGUCCAUACGAUCUAUGAGCUCAUAGCUUUCAUGCAGAUAUCUAAUUAUAGCUGUUGGUAACAAACUCAUUAUAAAGCCAUGUGUAUCUACUCCUGUGAAUUGACAGUGGCAUCUAGUUAGCUAGCUGUAAGAUAGCAAGCUAGGCUAUUUUGCUAUUGGACGGCGCGUGCCUAAAUUUGUGGAGUUCAUGGGAAGGUUGCGUUUCGAAUAUUCCGAGUAUAUACUUAAUGUUUAAAUUCUUAUAACGUGGUUUUGAAAUAUUAAUUUCGCCUGUAUGUUUUAGUUAACCAACUAAACGUCAGUGCUUUGUCGGUAUGCUAACGCUUGUCAUCUGUGUUUACAUACACAUUCUUUGAGACAGAAAAGCCAUGUCUUGACAUUUGGACUUAUUCCCCAUGAACAGAAGCAGCAAUAUACAUUCUGCGGUGGAAAGAAGUUUGCAUCCCAGUGAGCUGACAUGACAUUCAGAAUUUGCAGAGUGAAAGGCUCUGAGGCCUCUAUAAUGUUCUCAAAGGACGCAAAAUAAUAGACUGCUGCUGUUAACGCCAUUUUAAACAGGGGCUCCUGUGUGGGCCUGUGGGGUGGUGGUAAUUUUGAGGUUAAGCAAAGUGCCUUCGACCGGACCAGGAUUUUAAAAAGUGCCUUCGAUUGGACUGGGAAUAGGUGCUGUUUUGACAUGGACGGUCCGAGUCGAAGCGGUGGGUUUAGACAGAGCCGACGGUCCCGUUCUCAGCGCGACAGAGAACGGCGUAGGAGACGAGUCGACCUCGCUGAUCAACGGGCCACAUCUCCCUCCUCGGGCUCGGACCGGGAGGUUUGCGGAGCAAACUCUGUUUUAGGUCCCGGGGGUAGAGUAUGUCGACCCGCGUUUCCCGGUGUCAGGCACAGGCCUCCGCGGCGGAGGAAGCGAGAAUCGGUGUCCUGCGAAGAGGACAUCAUCGAUGGUUUCGCCAUUGCCAGCUUCAUCAGCUUGGAGGCCUUAGAGAUGGACUGUUCUCUGAAGCCUACUCAGCGUGCCGCGAUGCUCAUGGGAAGGGCGAGCAAGAGAAAGAGGAGCCCGGAGGAGAACGGCGGAGGGCCCCUCACAGACGCCGAGGAGGGGGCCCCGCCCAGCUACUCCCGCAGUUGCUGGAACAGGAACAGAAAGAAGAGAAGAAAGACAAAUGUGAAGGGUGGAGCGAUUCUGCUCUUGGAGACUGGCUACAUUUGUGACACAGAGAGUGAGUCAGCAGAUAAGGCAUCUGACAAUGAUAUGGAUCCGACAUUCACUGUCAGUACCAGAAAAGUUAUGGAGCCUACCCCUGUGAGCAUGGUCUCCUCUAUGGCCAAAGGCUGCCCCCCCCUUCCAGCGCGCUGUGGCCUGUCCCGGCUCAUGGUCACCCCGUGCGUAUCUGGACUCGAGCGCAGUCAGGAGAGGAGCCUGGAGCCGCCUCACCCCGAGCCUGUCUCUUCUACCUCUUACUCCUUUUCCUGCCUGCCUUCUCACUCCCCGGCCACUGCCGCCUCCCGGCCCAGCCACCUCAACGGCAACAACGGCUUCCACCAGCGCCACGAGCCCAACCCCUCGCUCUCCAAACACAAGCCCUUCCUCUCCUUCCCUGGACGGCCCCACUCCAUCUACAACAUGGGCACCAGCAACAGGAGCGGUACCUCAGUCAAGCCGCCGUCGUCAUCCAGUGCAUCUUCCUCCUUGCGUCCCCCCACACCCUCUUCCAGCAUGGCCCUGUCCCUCAUCCGAGGUCCAGGCUCCUCAGGAUCUCUGCGCCCCCCCUCACGAGCAGGGUCCGGCUCCAUGUUCAAUUCCUCCCCCGGCCUCCCCCCGCCGCCCCCCCUUCUACAGGUGUCCGCCCACGCAGCUGCAGACCAGGAUUUGCUGCGUCAGGGUCUGAACUCUCACUUCCUCGCCUCUCAAGAGCGAGAGGGCCGGCGCAGUGUCCCCGGGACGGAGACCAAUGGCGGGGCGGGGCGCUCUACCCCUGGUGGGCCGUCAGCCUCCAGCUCCAGCUCCGGUUCCUCCGGCAGGACGUCCCAGGCCCAGCCCAGCAUCCAGCCCUUGGCCUUCCAGUUCCAUCAGCACAAUCACCAGCACCAGCACACACACACGCACCAACACUUCACGCCUUUCCUGCACCCUACAGCAACAGCACCGCCUCUGUUUGAGAAGUAUGCUGGCAAGAUGGAGGGGCUCUACCGACACACUUUCUUUCCACAGUACCCUCCUUCAGUGCCAGGCAUCCAGCCAGUGAUCCCCCCUGCUGGGCCCUUCGGCUCUCUUCAAGGAGCCUUCCAGCCUAAGCCUCUUGUCCCCCAGGGAACAGGUCCUGAGAUGAACGCUCGGCUGGGAGUUGUGCCUCACCACCUGCAGCCUAAAGACCCGCGGCUAACUGAUCCAUUUGGGACAUCGUUGAAAGUCAGUAAUAAGCCAGGGAAGUGGUGUGCUAUGCAUGUGCACGUGGCCUGGAUGAUUCUAAGCCAUCAGAAGAAAGUAAAGUUGAUGCAUGCGGAUCCUCACAAGCUGGACUUCCGUAAUGAGCUGCUCGCUCGUCUUCCGGGAGCAGGAGACCCCAGGCUGGGGCCUCUGGGAGGGGGGCUUCCCCCGGCCCAUGACCUCACCAGGCCUGCCAGCCUCUUCACAGCCCCUGGUAGGCAUCUGCCUUCACUAAGUGGAGUCAAUCCGUCCUCAUCUCCUUUCAUCCCUCCAUCCACGCCCCACUCCUCUUUCCUCACUCCGGGGGCACACAUGGCAGACCCUUACGGCCGCUCACCCCCCUUCACCCCUCUGGGAGCCUUGGGGUCCAGUGCCUUUGGAGGACUGGGCAGCCCCACACUGGCGAGCAGCUCAGUGUUUGGCCACAAGGAUUCUCCUGCCGGUGUGGUUGGGGGCCUGAACAACCCUCACGACCCCUGGAAUCGCCUGCACGGUGGCCCUCCCAACUUCACCGCAGGGCCGAGCUGGGCCAAAGGGGCUGACAAGAGGGAUGAGAGAGACAGAGGAAAGGAGAUGGAGAGGAGAGAAAUCCUUCACAUCAAAGACGAAAAAGACAGGGACAACAUGCUGUAUGGUCGGCCACCAGUGCGAAUGUCGCCGGUGGCCCCUCCCUUGAAGCUCCGCAGCAACACCCCCGUCUCCCACAUGAAUGGGCACGGUGGUCCGAUGGCAGCGAACGGGCCUGGCGAGGACUUGAACCGCAGCAUGAGCAGGGACCGGGAGAGAGACAGAGACGGGGACAAGAGACCUCCCCACACCGUAUCAUCGAGAGCACCGAGCACUUCCUCUUUGGCGGCGGACCGAGAUAGGCCGCGCUCCUCCUCCUCCUCGGUGCUCACCACUCCCCCACCCUCUGGCCCCUCUGCGCCCUCUCCCCUGGACCUGUACCCCCGACAGCAGCAGCCCUCUGCUGCUCAUGGCCACCACAACGAAUCCCCCCGUCCCUCCCAAAGAGAUGCGGGCCCCCCUGCCUCAUCCUCGGCCUCUGCCACUGUCACCUCACUGUCCCAGGGCAAGAAGCCUGACCGGACCACAACCCCCGUCCCCAAACCCUCCCUCCUCCCUCCAGUCAAAGUCAAAGAGGAGCGGAAAGAGGAGCCAGAGCAUAUCCCCAUCUCCCUGCCGCCUCCCCCCGUGCCCAGCCAUAACUACGACAGGCCUAACAGCCGCCCACACCACCAUCGCUCUGCCACCCCUUCCUCCUCUUCUCACUCGCUGACGCCCACACCUGGGGUACCCCUGCCUCCUCCGACCCAGCACCAACCCUCACACCAACCCUCACACCAACCCUCACACCAACCCUCACACCAACCCUCACACCACCACCUCUCUCUGCUGGAGCGCUCCAGGGCUCAGGCCGCCAUCGAGGCUUACCUGGGAAGUGCGGCCGGCGCUGGGGGCUUGGUCAUUGGUCCAGGAGGGGAACGGUUUGCCGCUCACCCCCAUGGCCCGCCCCAGGGGCACCCCCAGCACCCCCAUGGCUUCCCCUCAUGGGACCCCUGGAGGGAGCUGGCAGCUCAGCAGCAGCAACAGCAGCGUAGGGAAGCCAUGGCGAUGCGCUCUGACCCCCACCUGGCCCUUCGUUCAGACCCCCACUUGGCCCUACGCUCCGAUCCCCACCUGGCUCGGCUGCUCCAGCACCAGCAUGCCCAGCGCUUCCUGGAAGCUGAGAGGGCGGCGGCCAUGGCGGCCGCAGUCGGGGCCAACCCUCACCACCCCCAGACCUCUACCUCUUCCGCCCCCACCUCCGUACGGCAGGAGUUUGGCCUGAUGGCCCAUCACUUCGACAGGCCUCCCCACCUGGGACCUCCCAGCGGCAGCCUCAUGGACGAGGAGCAGCGAGCCCAAAUCAUGAGGGAAGACUUUGAGAGGGCACGUUACUUUGGAAUGCAUUCUCACCCGCACCUCUCCGGGGCCCACCUCCAAAACCACUCUCACGCUGCCCACCUGGAGCAGCUCCACCCUGGCCUGCUCUCUCACUCCCACCUCCAGCCCGGAGCUUCCAACCCCUCACCCCACCACCCUGGCCUCUACUCUCGCAUCGGGGCCCUGCACCCGCACCACAUGCCCAACGGCAUCCUGGGUAAGUCCCCUGCAGGCCUUGUGGGAGCUUUGUCUGUCGGGGGACCACCGCCCCUGAUUCCCUCGGUGGCUAGCAGAUCCGCCACCCCUCCUCGCGGCUCCAGACUCGGCCCAGGUGACCUGGCUCUGUACAGCACCCACAAAGAUGGGGAAUCCAGAUAGUACUGGGACUCGUCUGAGGUGGUCGAGGGGAAAUGUCAGGGUUACUGUGCUGCUCUUACUCCGCUCUCUGACAGGAGGAGACCCCUCUCACAAACUGUACACCCCAGCUCUCAAAGGAUGCGUGUGAUCGGCUUGGGAGGAAAAUUGUGACUUGCCAGAAUGACUCAGUAUAUUAUCCACAAUGGUUCUAUCAGUGCAAUGGUACAUGAUUUCUGUGCAUCCUAGUGUAUUUUAUUUUAAGAAUGCUGUCGGGAAUCCUGUAUGAUAUGCGAUAAUGGUAGUUCUGUUUGAAGAGGCAGAGAUUUUUUCUUUUUCUUUUCAGUUUUAACAUCUUAAGUGAGCCUUUUCAGGUUUGGCAGAGGAAGGUGCACUUUCUGUAUGUACUGGCUCAUCCUUUCUUUUUUUUUACUCUUGGGAUCAUAUGAAGCCCUUUGCGUUAAUCAACCCUGUUUGACUUUUGUGGAUAAGAGCAAAAGAAUAUGGAGGGGCGGCUUGGUGUAUUUGAAUGAUUUCCUUUUCGUCUAGAGUUGUGAGGAGACAGAUUAUUGGUGAAACAUGAAGAUUCUAAGUCUCUUAAGGACAGUAAGCACCUGUACCUCAGUUCACCGCCUCUCCCUAAAAUGACCUCCCCCCCUCUGCAAAGUUUUUUUUUUUUUUACAUGAGAUUCUUCACCUUCUUUUUCAGUGGAUGAUAUGAACUGUACUUCAUUGUGGGGUGGACACAAUAUUUUAAAACGUAUAUAUGAAACUGUUUCCCAUUCUCCUCUCUGACUCUAUAUGAGCAGGACCAGAAUAUAGUAGAAUAGUGAAAAUGCCUUUGUAAUUAUUAUUGUUAACAUUAAUUAUCUUCUAUAAUGGUAAUAAAUAUAUUCACUGUUAUGUUAUUUGUCAUUGUUUCAGGUAUCACCAAUGCACUCCCUUAUCUGUUAGGUAAAAGUUGUUUCAAAUCAUCCAGAAGUAAAGGCUUGAUUCACUGAUGCUUCUGAAUGCAAGAUUCAAUUGUCACAACCUCUGGCCUCUUCAUUGAUCAGACCUUUAAAUAUAAUUGUACACUGAGGGGUUGUGUGUUGGUGUCAUGUAGUACCAAUCAUCGUUUGGGACUAUGUAACCCCCCUCUUGCGAGAGUUUACAGAGAUGUUUCAUGAACAAAGAUAAGUUAUAUGGAUGAAUGGGACGUCUGCUGUACUGAACCACUGAAAAUGACUCAAAAACGAGUCAAAGGACAACAGUGGGUAUACUGAGGUGGAAAAGACAUUUGGGUCGAUUAUUUUAUUAAGACCAUUUUAUACCUUUCCAACCCCCUCUCCUAGAGACCACAAAGAUUAAUUAUUAAAUGAAUUGUUGGUAA